AUGACAAGACAGAGAAGAGCGAAAGAGCGAGUAAUCCCACCUAGCCAGCUGGCCUGGGUUUGUAAACCUGACGAUGAAUGGAACUCGAUCACUCCAACAAAGGAGGAUAUUGCUCGAGCCCAUUUUGAGAAUCGUCAACUGAAGCGGGAUUUCAUACCUUCUGUUGUAUCGCUCGACUAUCGUUACAUCCCUGAAUGGCCAUCGUGUCUUGAAGAUGUUGAAGAGGAAUACAAACUGCCAAACAUUGACCCAUGUUUACCGUUUCAAGGCAGAGCAUGUGGUGACGCCACAUUACUGGAAUCAGGAACAGCAAGAGGGAUCGACCACGCUCAGUUCGAUGCACUGUUCUACGACCUUACUAUGAAAGCCAAACACAUCUUUACUCCAGCAUGGCUAAAGACCGCUGUGAUGUAUCCCCUUGGACCAGAACAAAUCAGAAAAAUUAAAAAGGGUAAUUACUUCAAAGACAUUCGCUAUCGUCUACUUGUAAACAACAACAACUCAACAGCUAUUCUCGCUGUGGAAAAUAUAAAAAAUGAAGAGUUCACGAUCUCAAUCAUCGAACAAUUUCUUGGAGAACCAACUCAGAAGACUGGCAAUAUCGUGAUCGCUGCACCUAAUUCCGGAUACGCAAUGUACAUGAGAUACGGAGAAUUGCCCUUCCACGUUUUGGAAGCGAAUGAGACACCGAUUGCUCUUGUCUUUGAUGAACAUUAUAAUCGGAAUGGAGCUCUUUCACCGGAAGUGUGGUAUGGAAGAAAUAUCGGAUGCUAUGUUCGUUCCAGUCGAGUGUUAAGCGAUCCGGAGAAAUCGUGGCUGAACACUCGGUGCAAUCGAAACGAUUUGAGACACAGACGUAUUCGACUAUUGGAAUUCAACUCCCCGAUCGAAAGGAACGUCGCUGUGUCAAAUGGUCGAUUCGAAUAUUUGAACGUCCUCUUCUGUGAUGCUAUGUUCAGUUGCACUCAACCAACUGAUCAAAUUCACCUCUACAUCACCUACGAAAUCGAGCCGAAGUAUCUCGAGUGUGUGGCAGUAACAGUAGCUCAUGAGAAUGAUAAGCAAUUCGUAGAGUCUUCAUUCAAUUCUCAUGGGCUCACUGUUAAUUAUUAUAAUGAUAAUUGUCGGAAAGAACCGUCGUUGAAAUACGAGCCAUCUGUCAAAACUAUGGUUCUACACAAUUUCCCACGCCACUUGAGAACCUUCGAGUCUCGGAAAUGGUUGAUUAAGCGAAUCGCAUCCAGAAAUUUCUUCGACCUUGAAUCAAUCGAGCCAUUCACCGAACGUGAUUCCGAUUCUAAUCGAUACUGCAGCUCCGUAAAAAAUCAAGAGAUCAAGUUACUCAUCGAAUGGCAACUGUAUAAAAGUGGUUACUUCAAUAAUAUCUACCGUCCAAUCGACGCGCCAUGGACUGACCAUAUGCAAGGAGGAUUGGGUGCUCGAAACUUGCUCAGAGUUGUGAAAGAGCGUCCCGAUGUACCUUGGGUAGUGAGGAGAAAGAACGUUGGACCGAAUCAACCGAAGGAGAAAUUCACUGUACACUUCCAGAAUAUUGAAUUUGGAAUUAGGUACAUUGAACCGCUUCUUCGUGAAUACCAUAAAUGGCCGCUCUGUAGAAACAAUUCGGGAGACUGUUAUGGACCUUCUUUUACUCCCUGCUUCCGUCGAUCCUUCACAAUCAGUCGGGUUGUACGAAUCGCUAUUCGAACUCCACUUUAUGCUCUCGACAGCAGACUUCGCAAGACAUUCUCGAGACUGUCUAAAAAUGAGGAUGUAAUGAUGAAGAAUGAAGAGUCAACGUAUUUUGGAGUUCGUCUUCACGAAGAAUGGAGAGAUGGUAAUGAUUUCGGAAUCAUCGGUGUUCAAGGAUGGAGUCCGCAGGGAAUUCGUCAUUUUGGUGGUCGCCUUCUGAAACUUCUCACUCCAAAAACUUUCGAUACCACGAAUCACCCGGAACUCACUUUUGGAAUCGGAGAAGAAUACGUAAGAAGUUUAAAUCAAAAAUAUGAAGGAGAAGUUGUGGUGGAUAUCGACAAAUAUCGCCAAACGAUUAAUUUGAUUGGAGGAAGAGUCACAGAAGCCGUGAACGACCUGAAAACGUAUUCAAAAAACAAGGGAUCGAUAAUAAUGUCUGUUAGAAUUCCUCUCCAUUUCCCCUUUAUCGACGGAAGAAUUUUGGAAGUGCUCGAGAAUGUCUCGAUCGAACAACUCGCAUUCAUUUUGGGAGUUAAUCGUUUAGAAUACAAUCAUCAGGACAAAGUAAUUCUAUUCGAGGGUUCCAUUGAAGCUCAUGAGAAGUUGAUGAAGGGACUCGAAGAAAUCAGUCAGGAGAUUUAUAAGCGUGAAGUCAGAAAUCGAGAGGCACCAGCUAUUGCCAACCAGACCUGCCCGACUUGCAUGACUGAGAUCGGACAAAGCGACUUCUACCGCUUUCAUUGUGGUCACAAUGUAUGCCGAUUGUGCGUCAAUGUGAUGAUCAAGAACCAAAUUGAAGCAGCGGAGUUGAAGUUUACUUGUUUGGAGGAUGGUUGCGAGGAAUUCAUUUCUCCAAAUGAGAUAAUGGACAUUGUCCUUGGUGACUCGCGAAGAAUUCGCGAUUUCGACACAAUGAAGCUGGAAGAGCUCGUGAUGAAAAUGAAAGAUGCUGUCAUCAACAACAGCCAUCUGAGCCUCAAACCGUGCCCAACACCAGACUGUCUGGGAAUUAUUUCGAAAUCGAACGAAGCCACCGAGGAAGCCAAGGAAUGCAACAACUGCGGACAUAAAUAUUGUCGUAAAUGUCUUCUAGACAUUCACUCGGGUCGCACGUGUGAGGAACACGCAAGACUCCAAAUACCGGACGCUUCGAUUCAAAAGUACAAAGAGGACUCUGGUUCCAAAAAUUGUCCAAAUUGCAAUCACUUGGUUAACAAGACGGAUGGUUGCAAUCACGUCCAGUGCCAGUGCAAGACUCACUUCUGUUGGGUCUGUCUGUUCCAGGCAUCUGAAUCCGGACCUAUAUAUGCACACAUGCAAGAGGAACACGGCGGCCACGGAGGAAAUUAUGAGAUUCCGGAAUUCGAAGAUGGUAACAUCGAUGUUCAAAGAGCUAUCGCUGAAAACUUGCGACUCCAAGACAGAUUUCCGGAUGAUGAUUGGGAUACAGAUGAAACAGAUGAUGAUUUCGAUCAAGAGGAAGAGGAUCGUCUUAACCGAGAGUUCCUCAAUCAACGAGGAAUAAAUCCCCAUCUCCCUCUUGCUGAGAUCCGUAGAAUAAACAGAGAGCAAGAGGCUGCUGCUGCAAUGAUGCGUAAUUUGAACUUGGCAGAACAACAACAAGUUGUUCCGGUUCCCGAAGUCUUUGAACCAGCGCCAACUCAAGCUCCAGAAAUUCUUGAAGAACAAAGAGCCCUUCAAGUUCCACAAGUUUUUAUGGCUCAUCAAGAAACACUCGGAAAUGAUCAAAUUCAUCAAUGGCCUCGAGCUGGUUUCGCCACCGCCCCACAAACUGCCCCUGUCUAUCAGUUCACGACCGAGGCUGAACGAUUAGAAGCUGAGAGAGAAACACGCCGUGCUCUCAACAUUCCAGAAAUACCAACUGGCGCAGCACGCCCUGCGAGAUAUCUGGACGAGUUUCCAGCACUUCUUCUCGAGAUAUGGCCGGAAUACUAUGAAAGUGCAGAUCGUAGAGCUGUUUUGUUGACUUGGAUCAAUGAGUCGACCAAUCAGGAUGAACUAGACCAUCGUGUGUCGGAACUAUUCCGUUAUGCACAGGACGGCGUGGAUCCGGAUGCUUAA